UGUAAUCUCGAUCCCCGCCGCACAAGCUUGAUCGGACGGUCAGUACUCACCCGACUGUCAGAGACACGGGCCCUCGCGUCCGCCGCCACCUGCCCUUCCUCGCCGGUCGCCGCUCCAGUCGAAUUCGAAGGGAGCCCGACGGACGGACCGAUGGCGGCGGCGGUGUACAGGCGGGUGCUGAAGGCGGUGCAGAAGCACGUCGGCGGGAGCGCCAGCAAGCAGCACUUCCGCGACUUCGUGGCGGCCGAGUUCCGCGCCCCCGCCGGCACGGAGGCCGACGCCAGGGCCAGGCUGCGGCUCGCCGGGGACUAUGCCUACCUCCUCACCAGCGUCCACCACCACAAGGACCUGCUGUUCUCAUACAACAUAGCUGUGGACCGAUCUGAUGAAAUGAAGAAGAUAUUGAACAAAUCUGCUGCCAGUGUAGGCCUCCAGCUUCCUGAUGUCUACCAGCCGUGAGAGCUUCUUUUCUUCAUGUAUCUGUGAUCCAUGAUGCUGCCAUUUAGCUAUGGAACUUUGUUUUUGUGUCCUACAUUCCAUUUACCUUGGAAAGUUUGGUUUCCAAUUCUACUGUACUCACAAUAAUUAGAAAUGGUGUUGUUUUAUUAAUGAUAUCAUUCAACGAUGUAUGAAUUCCUUCUACAAAAAUCAAUUGCUCCUGUGCUGUAAUUCGUACAAUAUCUAGAUUGUGUUA